UGUUCGUCCCAUGCCAUGGAAACAGAAGCAGCAGUGCGUAUAUGGCAGAGGAGCCAAUCUUACGACACACCACUGUAUUUCAGAAAGUUUCUCAGCGACGGGGACUCGAAAGCUUAUGCAGCAGUGGUAGAGGCCAAUGCCUACAGUGGUGUCCUUAUUGAAAAAGAAGAUUGUACUAAUCACGUGGCGAAGCGCCUCGGAACCGCUCUCCGGAAGCUAAAAGAACCCCUGCCAAGAGGAGAGAAACUGAAGGAGCCUGCUAUCCUAAAGCUGCAGACCUACUAUCAGGUUGCUAUUACUAGCAACAGGGGCAGCGUGAAAGGAAUGUAUAGAGCAAUUUGGGCCUCAUAUUUUCAUUCAUGCUCAUCCGAUGGUGCUGGCAGCCAUAAGUUUUGUCCAGAAGGAGCAACAUCCUGGUGCAAGCACCGGCGUGCUGAAGCGUUGGGUGAGCCUGCACCAGCCCACACACCGCUACUGACCAAGGCCCAGGGAAAGGCAAUACUGCCGAUCUACAAGCGGCUCACCGAUGAGAAGUUGCUGGCCAGGUGCAUCCAAGGCAAAACCCAAAAUGCUGCGGAGUCAUUGAAUGGCAAAAUAUGGCUUUUGUGCCCCAAAACGAGAUUUGCCUCACGAUAUGUAGUGGAAAUGGCUACUGCCUUGGCUGUCCUCUGGUUCAACAGAGGGCACACCAGCUUUGAGCGUGUCCUCGAAGAACUAGGCGUGCUUCCACCUGAAAGUCUGGUGGAGCUUGGCACAUCCAAAGACAUUGCAAGGCAGAAAAAAAUGUCCUUGAAGCUGACUGCGGAAGCGAGAGCAAAUCGCCGCACACUGACAAAAAAAGCACGUGUUGAGGAGUGCACUCGCAAGAGCCGUGAGGGAGAGACAUACGCUGCAGGAAGUUUCUAG